UGUAGGUUUAAAGUAUUGUGAUUUCACUAUUUGACUCAAAUAUUUGUUUGUACGCGGUCGAAAAAGCGGUGAUACUUUUUUCUCCCCCAGCCUUGGAAUUGACGAAUCGAUUGGGCAAACUAUUAAUUCUUAUAAUUAUAAAUUAUUAAUUACAAUAAAUGGUUAAUAAAAGUUGUUAAACGGAUAUGACAGACCGGGGAACAAACGAUCACGCUCCACUGAGUGUUGCAUGCGUCAGGGCGUUGAUCGACAAGCAGUAUGACAAGAGGAAAGCAGCAGCGACAGAAAUUGAAAAGAUGGUGAAAGAAUUUGUAGCCGUCAACAACACCGUCCAAAUCCGUAAGGUUCUUAAAGUUUUGGGAACGGAAUUCACCACUUCGCAGAACAUAAACUACCGGAAGGGAGGACUGAUAGGUCUGGCUGCUGUCGGUGUCGCUCUAGGAAAGGAUUCUGCGGAAUAUACGGAAGCGCUCAUUACACCUAUACUCUCAGUAUUCAGCGAUAAUGACUCUCGGAUACGUUACUUUGCUUGUGAAGCAUUGUAUAAUGUCGUUAAAGUAGCAAGAGGUGCCGUGUUGCCAUAUUUUGCUGAUAUUUUUACUGGCCUUAGCAAAUUGGUAACCGAAACGGAUCAGGUUCUAAAGAAUGGGUCAGAAAUGCUUGAUAGGCUUAUGAAGGAUAUUGUUACGGAAAAUGCUACAUUUGAUCUUGUUGGAUUUAUGCCGUUGUUAAGAGAACGACUGUACUCGAAAAACACAUUCGCCCGUCAAUACAUUAUCUCAUGGGUAACAGUUCUGGACGCUGUACCAGAUAUUCAAUUAAUUUUAUUUUUACCUGAAAUUCUGGAUGGCUUAUUUACAAUGCUUUACGACCCACAAGUAAAAAGCAUGUGUGAAAAUGUACUGUCAGAAUUCCUUAGGAGCAUAAAUAAAGACCCGACGCAAGUGGAUUUCACAAAAAUGAUCAAUGUACUUAUUACACAUUCUCAAUCUGCUGAUGAAACUUUACAAAUUACAGCACUUACUUGGAUUAAUGACUUUAUCCAACUUUCUGGAGAGGAGAUGUUAGCUUAUACAUCUGGAAUUCUUACAGCCAUACUACCCUGUCUUGCUUACGAAGGGGACAACAAAAAAAAGAUAAAAGACAUAGCGACAUUAGUAAAUACGAGUUUGAUGGAACUUAUUAAACCAAUCCAACCAGGGUCAAGCGAUCAAAAGUCCGAAGAGCAACUUGAGGUCGUGAAUGAGUUGGAUCUUCCUUCACUUCUUAGCAUUUUAAAAAAACAACUGUUACAUACGCACGUACAGACGAAGGUAGCGUCAUUGAAAUGGAUAUAUUAUCUUCAAUGUUGUAUGCCUAAGAAGAUGCUCAGUCAAGUGGAUGCGAUAUUUCCUAGACUUUUGCAAGUGUUGUCUGAUCACUCGGAUGAAGUUGUACAACAAGUAAUAAGAGUCUUGGCUCAGAUAAUUUCUCCAGAAUCACAAAUUCCUGUUAGUACACCGUCACCAUAUUUUGAUAAAUUUCUUGUUAGUCUUCUUAAACAAUUCCGUGAAGAAAGACAACUUCUAGAAGAAAGGGGUUCUUUUAUUAUAAGGCAACUUUGUGUUCUUCUAAGCGCGGAAGAUAUUUAUAAGAAUACUGCUGUUAUAUUAAUGGAUGAGGAAGACCUUAAAUUUGCUCGAGUAAUGGUUGAUACUUUAAAUACAAUUUUGCUUACAUCCUCUGAAUUGUAUCAUCUCAGAACUCAAUUAAAAAAUACAGAAAACGAAGGUCUUUUUCAAUUUCUUUAUGAAACCUGGUGUCAUAAUCCAGUCGCUACAAUAUCAUUGUGCCUUAUCACUCAAAACUAUGCCCAUGUCUGUGAUUUAAUUGAAAUUCUAGCUAAUUAUGAAGUGACUGUCGAAUUUUUAGUAGAAAUUGAUCGUUUAGUACAACUCAUCGAAUCACCUAUAUUUAACUCUAUUAUUUGUCCAGAUCUAAGGCUAGAACUGCUCAAAAUCCCUCACAACUAUUAUCUCAUCCGGUCGAUGUAUGGUUUACUUAUGAUUUUACCGCAGUCGGAGACUUUCCACAUAUUGAGGCAUCGCCUCGAAUGUGUGCCUAAACUUCACUUCUAUUAUUACACGAGGAAUAUAAAAGGGUCCCCUUCGCAAUCCGAAAUUCCAGAUAAUGGCAAUAAAUACAACCUCGACUUCGACUAUUUCAAGCGACACUUCAUAAAAAUUCAAGAUUUACACAGGGCAAAAAAGAACGGGAAAAAUGUCGGGUUUUAAUUUGCCCACGUUUAUUUCUGUAAUUUAAAAAUUAUUCAUUAGGGUUAUAUUUAUUCUUAUAUUAAUUUAUUUCCAUGUAUUAUAAUUUG